UUUACCACAACAGUGACUCAAAACAUGGAACAGGAUGUGUUCAUGAGCCAAAAUUGUGUGCAAAAUAAGCAAGAAAUGGUGUGUGUGUGUGCACACAUGCAUGGGUGGAAAAGAGAAAGUGGGUUAUAUGCAUCUACAAGAAAGAGAUCUGGUGGUGAUGUGUGUGUGUUCACACCUUUGCUAACAUUUUUUUAUUUCUGCUGCCACGUACCUUCCUCCUCUGGUCUCUACUCUUCAGAUCUAUACGGAUAGGAUUUAUCUCUUUUUUUUAGCAUCUGGACAUUCGAGUAGUUAACUACAGAUGUUUCCCUCCAUUAUUUCUUGCUUUUGUAUUGAUGAUGUGGUGUAAAACACCCCUGACCAGUUAACAGUCAGGAUAGUUCACUUAUGUUUGAGGUGGGACACCGGAGGAGCAGUAGAUGAUCACAGCUUCACUUUUUGUGCUUUUAAAAAAAAAAAAAAAUCAAUCCCAUUGUUUUAUUGAAGUCUACAGGAUGAACUUCGUCUCUCACAACCUGCGAGAUCAGAUCUCAGAGCUGCUGAAGCCUCACAGAGUCUGUCUGGUGACGCCUGUCGUUCUGAACCACUCCGGUCAGCCGAGUGGGAGAUCGGCCAACAGGUUUGUGGUACUGAGUCUAUGGAGAGGUUACCUGGUUAUAGACAAGCAACCUGUCAGGGUGGAGAGCACUUUCAGUUACUUGGAGAUUUGCUCCAUCAACAUUCACAGUCUCACACAGAUUGUGUUGGAGACAGACAGUCAGACUCUGUCUUUCAGUGUAUUGCACGUUAAGGAUCUUGAGGCCAUGGUCAAUCACAUGACCACCUCACUCAAGAGGAUCUUUCCUGAUUCAUCUCCAGGAACGCUGUUAAAGACGAUUCCUCCAGAUCUCCAGCAGAGACUCCUCACAUUGACCGAUGUGAUAGAAGACCAGCUGAAAAGUCGACCUGGCUCCUGUGGGGGAUUCUCUGAUACCUAUGCUGCUCUGUGCGAUUUCAACGAGAUGCCGAUUAAAGAGGAGAUUCAGUGGGAUGUUGACAACAUCUACUACAUUAACAACAGGAGAGAGUUCAACCUGCAGGACUUCAGCCACUUAGACAGCAGGGACUUGGCAAUAGCAGUAGCAGCUCUGUCUUUCAACCAGUGGUUUACCAAGAUCUACUGCAAAGAACUCAAACUGUCAGUAGACAUCCAGCAGCAGCUGAUUUACCUGCUGUCCAGAUCUCCUAGUCUGGAGGAGCUCUCUCUGGAGGCCAGUGGACUCAAACUGGACUUUGCAGUCAAAAUGACAGAAGCCCUUUUGGAGCACACCUCCUCUACCCUGCAAUCCAUCAAUCUCUCAGGCAAUCCAAUCGAAGACAAAGGUGUCAUAGCUCUCAGUCAGGUGUUGGGGAAUCUAGCUGAAGGACUCAAGCACCUUUCUCUGUCCCGGGUAUCAAUGACUGCCAGAGGUCUUGGCUAUCUGAGUCAGGUGUUAUCCUCCACUCAGUUGUUAUCAGCAUCUCUGACUCACCUCGACCUGUCUGGUAACCCCAGCAGCCUGGUUACUGAAGAGGCCACGUUUCUCUUCAAGUUCUUGUCCAGCACUAACUCUCUGUCUCAUCUGGACCUCAGUGAUACCAACUGCCCUCUGGACACGCUAUUUGUCUCCCUGUCUGCUGGGUGUUGCUACAAACUGAUGCACCUGAACCUGGCCAGGAAUCCUUUCAGCCACAGGAAGGUGCGGGAGGUGACCAGGAGCAUUGGAGAGUUCUUCAGUCAGAGCUGUGAGCUAAAAUAUGUGGGCCUCUCUGCAACCAAACUACCUCCACAAGCUCUCAGGUUAUUAUUACAAGGUCUGGCAACCAACACUCGUCUCUUUGGGCUGGAAUUGGACCUCAGUAGCUGUGAGCUACGUUCAGCAGGGGCCCAGGUGAUACAGGAGCACAUCUCUGAAGCUACAGCUAUCAGAAGUCUGGAUAUCUCUGACAAUGGUUUUGAGAACGACAUGGUAACUCUGGUUCUGUCUGUCGGUCGUUGUCACUCUCUUCGACGCCUCGCACUGGGAAGAAACUUUGCCAUGAAGUCCAGAGCUCUCAGUGAUGUUCUUCAUCGUAUAGCUCAGCUCAUUCAGGAUGAAGAGUGUCCCUUGCAGUCUCUAUCAGUGUGUGACUCCAAGCUGAAGACAGGGAUGCACAUCCUGCUGAGCGCUCUGGGCGGCCGCUCUGCUCUGGCUGAAGUCGACAUCAGUGGAAACAACAUGGGAGACACUGGAGCUAAAAUGCUGGCCAAAGCCCUGAUGAGUAACACCAGACUGAGGUCUCUAGCCUGGGAUAGAAACAAUGUAACUGCCAGGGGUUUCCAGGAUGUGGCUGAUGCCUUGGAGAGGAACUUCACUCUGCAGCAGGUGUCUGGCCUGGCUGAUGUCACACAGAGUUACCGCAGCAACCCUGACAGAACAAAAGAGGCCCUGCACAAGAUUCAGCAGUGUUUAGAUAGAAACAACCAGAGACAGUUGGAAAGAGUGGAACCUCAGCAAGUGUUUAGAGCUCAACAAUCUGAGAAGCAGGUCCAGGGUAUGUGUCAGCAGCUGGAGGACAGCCUUCAACGUUUAAACCACUGCGACCUUCAGGAGGUCCAGGAUGACAUCCUGACUGCACAAGAGGUGCUGCACAAUGCCAGAGAGUCCUUCAAGCUGCUUCCCUCUCUGUAUGAGGCAGGCAGGAAGUAUGCUUUUGAUGGAGACUCGGUGAACUGCAUCCUCGCCGACACUGCUACAGCACUGACUAAUGAGUUCAACAGAAGCAUACAGGAGUUGGCUCAAGGCCUGAUGAGGUGUGCAGAGGCAGCGUGUCCACGGUUGGUCCAGCGGUCUAGUGUGUGCGAGUGUCUGUCAGAGUGUGUGUCCAAAAGAAACAGACAGACACACGCAUUCCUCAGAAGCACUCUGGUGGAGAACGCAGGGCCGAUCAUCAGCAACAGACUGAGUGAACUGAGACAAACAUUGAGUGUGUCUCUGGCUGAAAGCAUCAUAGAACAGGUACUACAGGAUCUGACAAAGGCACAGGACAAAAUGGAUUGCCUUAUGAAAGAAAAUUCAUGCACUGUUCUGAAACUCAAUAUCCCAGAGCUUCGACUGGGUGACAGCGACUUCCCAACUGAUGAUUACAGUCCAGCAUUUUGGAGAAAUAGUUUCCACUCCAAGAGCUUGAGGCCUGCCGCUUCAAUUAAGAGUCUCCUGGAUGCAGACUGGGAGCAGCAGACCAGGGAUGGAGGAGCAGAGAGAGAGAGGGGAGGAGGUGCUGAAGAGGAUGGAGGAGGAGGAGGAGGAGGAAGGUGUGGCCUCCCUCGGUUGCCGACAGCAACCCCCCUGUCAGUCAGAUUCUCAAGCCCCUCCCCAUCCCCGUCCCCCUACCCCCCGGGACCGAGGGGGAGGAGGCGGAGGGAGGAGGAGGUGGUGGCAGUGGAUGCUGCAGCAGCAAUAUCAGGAGCGAGAGGAGCAUCGUUCAUUCCUCCUCCCAGUCUCCCCCUCCUUUACCCCGUCUCCGCUCGAGCUGCAGAGGAGGAGGCUGCCGGCCGCGGAGGCUUACCCAGACGACAGGCUCCCUUCCCCGGCUGCGGCCCCAGCCCAGGCCCCCUCCCCGGCUCUGGAUCCCCCGCUUCUCCCAUGGAGCCUCUACCCACCCAGGGACAGAUUCUAAGGCAUUACACUGCCUCCAGACCACGGCCACGACGCACACACACACAGCCCCCCUCAUCCAGGCCUCAGAUGCUGGUAGGAGCACCGGAGGACACCGGAGGACACAGAGGCACAUCAUUUUUUUUUUCAGAUUACCUGUUUCAGGAGCCGGUUUCAAAGGUAGAGAAUGAGGUCAGUGAGGGGAUGGGCAGAGUGGAUGAAGGAGUAGAGGAGUUCUUCACCAAGAAAAUCAUCCCUGACUAUGCACUAAAAGGCCGGUGGGAGGAGUCAAUCCCUGCCCAAGCCACUCCCUCAGAGUCAAGCUCCACCCCCUCAGCCUCAACCCCCUUUUCCCCUUCAUCUGACAAUAUCACCUCCUCUGCCACCACCACUGUCACCUCUCCCUCUGUUCCAUCUACUGACACAUCCUUCACAUCCACUGAUGUUUCACCCCUCUCCACAUCCUCCACUCCCCCCACCCCCUCUUCUGUCACCACCACCACCACCACCACCCCACUUCCCACCAAAAACAUCAAGAAAAAGUUUGGCGACUUCUUUGCCUUCAAGAGGGCUCGAGCCAGCCGAGCAGCCAAGGCAGGAGGGGGAGAGGGAGGAGGAGGAGGAGGAGAGGGGGUGAAGGUCAAAAGGACCUCCAUUGCAGACCUCAUUCGACCCCUCCGAGAGGCCAAAGAAAGGGAGAGAGAGAGGGAGAGGGACAAGGAGAGAGAGAAGGGGAGAGGGGCAAGGUCAGUGGAGGAUGCUAACGUUUCUAAUGAUGCCGCCACCACAGAAGGAACCGUUGCCACCAGCCACCAUCUUGCAGGCGAUGCCGGGGGAACGAUGGCGCCUGCCAAGACAUUAACCACGCCGGUGCCUUCCAGUGAGACUACUCCCUCUUACCCCACCGUCGCCACAAGCCCUGACCUCACCACUGCCACGCUUUCCAAUCUGGAAGAAGAGGCAGUCCCCGUCUUGCCAGAUCGCACCCCCAGUCCCGUGGUCACCUCCCCUCUAACUGAGCAGGAGAGGAGCGGUGUGCAGGGGAAGGAGAUGAAGUUGGGAGGGACUCCGUAUGGAGAGAGGAGACUGAAGGUGACCAAGAGGUCACUGAGAGAGGGCAAGAGCCAGAGUCUCAUACUGCUGACGGGAUUAGAGCCUGAAGACAAGGAUGACACACACAGUAAGAAACACGCGUCUGAGAGCACAUCUAGUUUUGAACAGAGGCUUCAGGUGAUGCUGCACAGAAUGGGCGUGGCCAAAUCACCACCUGCCGACACCAAGGCGAGCCAGAAUAAAGAUGAGGAGCUGAGAAAGGCCAACUCUGAAGGUGCUAUCCUGGACAAACCUGUACCACCUCCCACAUUCAUGAAGCCCAGAACCAUGUCCACUUCAUCAGCAGACCCCAGGCAUCCUAUGAGAGCUCAUGACCCUUUCCGCCCGGACCCUCCCCUUUACCCGAAGCCCACCGUCCCCGAGCGCCCCAUUGGCCCCUUGCCACCCAAACCCGCCAUCGCAGCCAAGCCUCCCCUCCCCACCCCGGCUUCUCCUGCCGGAGGAGGAGGAGCUCGUCCCUCUUCUGCUCCUCCUUCCAGCAGCUCAGCAGGGAGAGUCCAGCUCAGAGCACACACUAUUGAUGGAAGACCAGAGGAGGCCACAGCACAGAAUGGAAGCCAGGAACAUCCCUGGGGUGCAGCCUCAGCCCCGUCCUCCAGGAAAGAGCUGCUUCCUCCAGCCCCGUCUCCAUGGAGGGCUACUAGCACACAGGAUCGCCCCGAGAAAGCACAAUCAGUGACCGACGAGAUUCUUCCUAAGUCACGCCAACACAUGAAGCCCCUUCCACAACGCAGAGCUGUGUCCGUCCACGAGGACGCUCUGGCCAUGACACAAGAGCUGAAGGCAGUGUUACAGAGGUCGCCCAUCCGUUUCCGGGGCAACAGAGGAGACCUGCCCACCUGCACUGAAGAUCCAUCUAGUGGGGAGGAAGCACAAAGAGCUCAGGAGGGUGAGAGAGCCGGGAAACCUACAGCUGAAGAAAAGAAGGAGGCUGUCAAGAAGGAGGAGGAGCUGAAGGCAGAGAGACGAAGGACGGGCUGUGGAGGGACAGUAGCUGAAACCAAGCACCCCCCUCUAGGAGAAGAGGAAACCCCAGGCUCAGGGUGUCCCUCGUCUACAGCUCCUGCUCAACAAGAAGCACGGGCACCCCGACUCUUCAGUCCAACUGCAGCCCUCAACAAAGCUCCAUCCGUUCUGGAGAGGCCUCCAGCACUAACCCUAAGCCUGGAAAAGCCUCUCGUAACCCCCCCAUCUGAGAAAAAAAGCCCCAGCACAGUCCCACCAUUGCUCCAAACUCUAGAAAAACGGCUGGUGUCCCCACCACCACCACCACCACAAGAAAAGACCCCCGGCACAAUCCCAGCUGCAUCUGAAUCCCCAGAAAACCCCCAAGUGAGCCCUCUGUCCCACAAAAAGAAGAGCCCCGGCACAGCACCAGGCACAGCGGAUGUGAGAAACAGCACACAGGAGAGAGGAGAGGCGGCCUCGAAACAGCACACGGUGACGGCAGAGCCAGCAGACCAAAGAACUGAGCCCCCUCUGUCUGAAUAACACACACUGACUGACUUAACCUGAGGAGAAAAGACACACCUCGGAGAGAGAGAGAGAGGAGGGGGGGGUCUGUGACAUCACUGAGAUCAGGAGCUGUGGAGGGUAUCCGAGGUCUGAGAAGAGCAUGAAUGUUGUACCCUCCUGUAGAAAACAGCUGCUGUGUCCCAUGUCAGGGCUGUUCGCUCUGAAGGUCUGACAGCUAAAUGUUAUUUAGUGCACACGGUUGGCGCAUAAUUUCAUUACUUGCUCACAGCUAACAUCUGUACGGUUGCUAUACUGGCUGUUUGGGGUGAAUAAACACAGACUGCACAAACCGUCCAGUGGUCAAACACCUGCCAACAACGUGCCCAGAAUAACAGGAACUUCUUCAGCUGGCCAUAACGUGUUUGAGGGCAACAUUCUGAAAAUAAAUGGGAUUUUUUUUAGAAAUUUUAGGAUUGAUUUUUGUCUCUAUGAGUUGAGUAAGUUUGUGUGAGGCAUGCAUUAUUUGUACCAAUCCGACCGCUGUGUUGUUAUUGCAGUCUGUGCUUAUUUUACCCCAAACGGCGAAAGUACAGAUGUUAGCUGUGGCUAGCCAGCAACAUACCGUGUGUCUGCAGAGUUUGUCUUAGUGUGUUCACAGCUCAUCUUCAGACCGAUGUCAAAAAUGUCCAGGUACUUCAUUAAAACUAUAUUCUCAUCUCCAUACACUGAUGAACUGGCGCCAUAAAGCUGCAAGAUAAGCAGUCAUUUUUAGCUCAUUUAACAGUUAGUAACACGCAACCAGACACACCUUUGAGACUCAAUGUCAGCCGAGUCCUUCCAAGGAGAGCUGAGUCUGAAAUGGGACACAGCUAGCCUCAGCUAAAUGAGUAAAAUUGACAAGAAUAUCAUCAUGGAUGGUUGUGAAGUCUUUAUCGUACGCCACAAAAGGAUGGCUCGUUUAAACAGAACGUUUGUGAGUGUAGUUCAUCAGCACGUUAGGUUUGGACCAACCUGUUCUCAUUCCCAAACUCGUCACUUGCGGACACUUGGUCAGGACCCCUUGGCAACAAAACUACUGGGUUAGAUUUAGGAAAAGAUCAUGGUUUGGGUUACAAUUACGUAAAUUUUGCUACGUGACAUAAAUUAAGUUACGUAACGUAGCAACGUUGACCUUUGUUUUCACACGGGACACAAACAGCGGCCUCCUGGGUAAAAGUCUGUUUGUUCAUCCAUCACCCCGACAUCCAUCCCUCUCGGUUAUACUACUACUACUCUGAGCAUCACAUAUUGAGUUAGCUCACAGCCCAGUGUGUCUUAUGCAGACGCUAAAGGGUGCCCUAUGUGUCCGUGUCGGAUGCGUUAGGCCGUAACGUAGGUAUUUGACGCCCUGGAAAUGAGAACGGGCUGGUUUUGACACAUCAUGUCAAAGACACAUUUAUAUCACCUGCUUAUUAUACAUGUUAUCAUUAUGAUUUGAUAGGGAGUUUUCAAGGCCCCUGAUGUACUUUAUGAUUCUAAGAUUCUGACUUUUCACUUUGCCUUCUUGAAUUCUUUUUUUUAAAUUUUUUUUUCGCGAUCCAGAUUUCAGGAAAAAAGGCUUCUUCAACUACAUUGACAUAUUUCAUUGUGACUUAGAUUUAGGUGAUUAAUCUACAUUUAGACACUCAUUUUGUCCCAUUCAUUUUUCAAUCGUAAUGACUCAAAAAUUUAGAUUGCAUGAUGUUUUAAAUCCCACUUUUAAUCCCCUCUAAAUCCUCUGCUUUUUUCUUUUUGUUUUGUCAUUAGCAGUUUGGGAGGGAGUUUUUUUUUUUCGUUGUUGCCCCCAAACCUAUCAAUCACUGUGACAUCCAUCCACUCAUUGUCAUGUUAGCAGUAGUAAAUAUCAUGUCAAUCAUCACAAUCACAAUCAUCUAUUUUGCAACAUGUCAGGCACGUUCAUUUCACUACUCUUACUAUUACUACUGAGGUUCUGCAGUUUAUGUCCACAGUCUCUAACAGCCGCCAUACUGGCAGCUAGAAAAUGAGCUCUCUGUCCCGCUAUCAUAAAGAUGUAUUAAUACUGCCUGCUGAGGAAGCUAGAAGAGAACAUUUCCAUAAUGCCAGACAAACUUUGUGUAAACUGCAUGAAUAGAAUAAGUACUGCACCAAAUCCAUAGUUCAAUUUCCUCAUUUCCUUUCAGUAAACAUCAGUGAGAUUGAAUGAAAAGUGCGAUGCUCAGGGAGAUAAUGUAAAGUUACUACAUAAGAAGAGACCGUUAUUGGUCACAGAGUUCACAAGGCUAGUAUUUAGAGCACAGGUGAGACAGAAACUGACGAACAUUAUUAUGAUUUAGUCAUUUUUAUUCAUGGACCAGGUCCAUUGCUUCCUUCUAGCGCACGGCACUAUGUGACUUCACUGCAGGACCUCAGUAGUGCACGGUGACAGUUCCGUGUCAUCAUUUAAGGUCAUUCUCUUGAAGACCAUCAAGGAAGAAAACAACAGUACACUUUGAAUACCAUUUCCUCGUGUACUAGAGGGACCAAAAGCUAGAUUCAAGGUUUUUUAAAAUGAACAGGUGGAACAACAUAAACACCUUUUUUUUUUAGGAAAUGCCUCCAGUUUAAUAUUCUCAUUUAAGAACUGUUAUUUCAGUCAGUCCAUUUAUAACAGUCUCGAUAGCUGUGUCAGUUUCAUCCUCUCUUGUCACCAUAUUUGGUGCAGUUAGAUCAGGGGUCAGCAACCUGCGGCUCUUUAGCUCCUCUCCAGUGGCUCCCUGUGGAUUUAUAAAAAUGGAAAUGAAUAACUGUUUUUUGUUUAAAUU